ACAGCAGCUGCAUGAGAGGGAGAUGAAACCUCAACUUGAGAGGACUGAUCCUACACGGCAUAGAUCCUUAAGACGUUUACUGACAGGGUCGCUUGUAUAUUUUCUUAAAAUAAAAGGACAGCUAGCUCGCAUUGUAUAUUUCUUAUAGAUUAAUACAUUUGGGCUUUAGUCUUACUAUAACUAGACAACUGUGAAGCCCGACAGCAUAUCCAGUGAUUAUUUUCAGCUGAUUAUAAAUAGUUUUAUUUAUUUUAUUUAUUUAAUUUUUUUCGGGUUGCUUUAAUAAUACAAGAUCAGAACGAGCGCGACUGGGGCUCACGCUCACAUGCACGCCGCGCGCUUCACCGCGCGCUGGACAUGAGGAAGACCUCAUCCCGAGCCUGAUUUCCCGCGGUCCCAUCCAUCUGUGUGGCUUCAAUCCGGAGAUGAUUUACACUCGCGAAAUGACCCAGCCACAGACGACCAUGGAGCUGGACCGGAGCUGCAGUACAUCUAAAAAGAGCAUCAUUAACACAAUGUUUAAAGUUCGCAAAAGGAGAGAGAUGCUGUUCGCGCAGGUGUGCUUCAUCUGCAGCGUCCUGUUGUUGGCGUGGUGUAUGUCGGCGUUGCUCACGAAAACAGGUCAUGGGCUGGUGCUUCAGGAGGGGUUUGCUCUUCCCAGAGAUCAUCUGGGCCGAAGGCUUAUGGCCACAGCCGGAGACAAUGAGACAGAGAAGAACUGCACAGAACCAGCCAUCCACGAGUUCCCUGAGGAUAUAUUCACCAACAGACAGCGUGCGCAAGGAGCUGUACUGCUACACAUAUUUGGGGCUCUAUAUAUGUUUCUGGCCCUUGCUAUUGUCUGUGAUGACUACUUUGUGACCACUCUAGAGAAGAUCUGUGAGAAACUGCACAUGAGUGAAGAUGUAGCAGGAGCGACCUUCAUGGCAGCUGGAAGCUCCGCCCCCGAGCUGUUUGCCUCUAUAAUUGGUGUGUUCAUAACUCAUGGAGACGUGGGGGUGGGUACCAUAGUAGGCUCAGCCGUGUUCAACAUCCUGUGCAUCAUCGGUGUGUGUGGGAUAUUUGCGGGGCAGGUUGUUUUUCUCACCAAGUUUGCUGUGUUCAGAGACUCAAUCUACUACAUUUUAUCCGUGGUUGCCCUUAUUGCAUUUAUUUAUGAUGAAAAGAUUUUGUGGUGGGAGAGUCUAAUACUGAUUGUCAUGUAUGUCGGCUACAUUAUCAUCAUGAAGUUUAACACUAGCAUCCAGAACUACUUUUCAGGAAAGGAAGACAAGGGAGUCGCCAAUGGUAAUUCGGUCAUGAGCGAGAUGGAGCAUGGUAAUGAAUAUGAUUCGUUAUGGGAUGAUCCAUCAUGGCCAUUACUCAGACCAGUAAAGGCCAGUAAAGAGUACACUAGGGGCUCUGUUGUGAUGGUGGAUGAGAUGAUAAAUUCAAGCCCUCCACAUUAUCGGUUCCCCGAGGCCGGACUCAGGGUCAUGAUCACCAACCACUUUGGUCCCAAGACACGUCUGCGCAUGGCGAGCCGACUUAUCAUCAAUGAGCAGCAGCGGCUGGGGAAGAUGGCCAAUGGGGUGGAUGCGGUGCUGGUGGCUGAUAAGAAAGCUGACACCAUGGAAAAUGGCAGCAUAGUGGAGGACAAACUCACUGAGGAGCCGGAGAGUGAGAUGUCAUCUCCCUUCAUCCUGCCUGGGGGUGCUAUGGAUAAAGUGAAGUUUUUCAUUUCCUGGCCCAUUUUGGUGUUGCUGUACUUUACCAUACCCAACUGUGCCAAACCUCGGUGGGAGCGCUGCUUCAUGAUGUCCUUCUUUCUCUCUACGCUGUGGAUAGCCGUCUUCUCCUACUUCAUGGUGUGGAUGGUCACAAUUGUUGGAUACACACUUGGAAUCCCAGAUGUCAUUAUGGGUAUAACUUUCCUGGCUGCGGGCACCAGUGUUCCCGACUGCAUAGCGAGUCUCAUUGUCGCACGGCAAGGCCUGGGGGACAUGGCUGUCUCCAACACGAUUGGCAGUAACGUGUUUGAUAUCCUGGUUGGACUCGGCGUUCCCUGGGGCAUCCAGACAAUGGCUGUCAACUACGGCUCUGUGGUUAAAAUCAACAGUAGAGGACUGAUUUACUCCGUUGUUCUGCUGCUGGGUUCAGUGGCUUUAACUGUGCUGGGGAUCCAUGUGAACAAGUGGAGGUUAGACUUUAAGCUGGGCAUGUACGUGCUUGUUCUGUAUGCCAUCUUCCUCUGCUUUUCCAUCUUGAUCGAAUACAAUGUCUUCACUUUUGUCAACCUGCCCAUGUGCCAAGAGGGUGUCUAGGGUAGAAGAUUUCCAUGGGCUUUGAACCGAAAUACCUCCGGGAUAAUCCUGCAACCAAAACCGUCAAUGAUUCUGCUGUUUCCUCUGUUUAAUACCCUUAUUGAGUUGCUACUGUUGAAGAAAACCACUGUCUCCCGCUGAACAUACGCACCACUGUGUCUCAGAUGGAAGCACUGCAUUUCCCUGAAGACUGUUGACUCGCAACUUUCUCCAUCAAUUCCAGGAAAUGAAAUUCUCCUUGGCAGCUCUCUUUAUAACUGGAUACUCUUCCACUUCUGAACCUUGGACGAUCACAAUGCAGCCCGUAAAUGUCUUGUUCAGAGCAGAAGGAUUCGAACUGUACACUUUGCAUCACGAACUGCACACACAUAGCAAUGGCAAACAAUGCUGCUCAUUCCUGUCUGCAUUAGCAAUCUACAUUUUCUAAUUUCUGUCUUCCAUUGAGACACCAUCUGGCAUGAACACAAUGCACUUUAUAUGUGGCAUAAAACAUCUAUAUCAUUAUUAAUUUAUUUCCUCCGGUAUGGAAAAAUGAAAGUAUGUCCUUGAUGCGGCGCAAAAAAAAGAUAAAAGUGACAUGGAACGACUGCCUUCAGGCAAGAAAAUGAUUCUCACAGCUUGUUACACAGAAGAAAACUGUUGAAAAAAGUUGUGUAUGGAUCACGCGGCGGGGGCGAGCGGUUAUGAAAUCCUCAUGAGCCUUGCCGAUAGAUUUCCUGCUGAGAGCUUCAGGCAGGUGCUCAUCUGAGAGGUCAGCUCCUGACACACACAAACAGAAGCUUGAAUAUUAGACACAUUUCGGUUUCCCUUUAUUAUUCCAAACCUGCAAUAACCAGUGAAUGAACCAAUCAUAAAGCACACAUCAAAAGCUGCUCCUUACCUCUCAUUCAGACCAGAACAGACGACCCUCAGGACCGCUCUUUGCUUGUUUUACAGUUCGGACAAUGAGACUGACAACUGUGGAUGCUUUGAUAUUUCAUACACAUACUGAUGAUAACGCAAACAAAGAUCCUGCAUUUUGCAAACAUGCUACAAAUCGAUGCGUUGUUUUGUUUGUUUAUAUGUAAAUAUAACCUCACUGAUCCUGUCUGAACCAGUGCUUCCUUACAGAUGAUGGGAGGUGAGGGUGAAUUUACAUUUGUGACCAAAGCGGCCACUUUUUCUUUAUUUCCAAUGCACCCUAACCUCCCUCUCUGGAUCUUUAUUACCGUGUGUCUGUAUUGCAUGAUUUGACACAAAAAGAAGCCAUUUUUAAAACAGGGAAAAAGCUUUGUGAGCUCACAUCAAUGUCCCUACAAGGAUGAAUCUCAAGAAAAUGUGGCCAGGUCAUAUUUCAUGCCAUGUGCAAAGAAAUUAAGUUUUAGAACCUUUUAAGAUUUGUCUGCAUUGCGGCAUUUAUUUUCUUGAGUUAAGCCCUGGAUUCUCUUCGCUGUAAUACAUGUGGACUUGAUAAUGUAAUAAAAUAUAUAUUUAUAUUAGCAUUAAUUAAAAUAAAUUACCGUAUUAAUAUUACUCUGAUUUAUAAAUGUUAAAAAUAAUUUAGAUGUCAUUUAAUUUGUGUGUGUGUGUGUGUGUGAUGGUAAUUAUUAUUUUUUGUAAUUAUUUUUUGCAUUUCAGUAAUCGGAGUGAGAUUUUUGUUAUGCGGUAAAGGAAAUGUUUGGAUUAUAUUAUUGGAAUGAGAUUUUUAUUUUGGAUUGUGGUGAAUUUUAUUUGGCUUUUUUGUGUUACGGUAAUGAGAUUUUAUUUUAUUUUCCAUUGCAGCAAUGCAAAUUACGGUAAUGAUGUUGGAGGUUGAAAAUGCGUUUACUGUGAUAUCACAAUACAAAUAAUAAUAAUAAUAAUAAUAAUUGUACUCAUAGAUUUUAUUUUCUUUUAUCAUAAUUUAUUUGUAUUUUUAUUUUUGUGGUAAAAUAUGACCUAAACUUGUUUCCUGAGAUUCACCCAUAAAUGGCAGCUACCGGACCCCCAUUCACUCAGCUGUUAUAGUGGGCUCAGGAGAUGUGAAGUUGAGUGUAGAGGAACGUGUCUUUGUCGUUGUUAAGUGCUAGGAGGUGGUGUCGCUGUUGUCUGUGCAAAAGACAUGUUGGUGUUGCAGUGUUUGAUGUACACAUUAUACAGUCAUGGCCAAAAGUUUUGUGUUUUGCAAAGUUUGCUGCUUCAGCUGUUGUGGUGUUCAUUCAGAUUGUUUCUAGAUUAUUGGGUGGAGUGAUCAGAUGCAUUUUAAACAAUUGCUAAAAGCUUCAAUGGCUAAAAAAAAUGAACUUUUCACAACAACAACAAAAAAAUCACAGUUUUUUGACCCUGACACAAAAUGACCAGAUAACAUUAAUUGACUAAUCACAUCACAAGUGUGAAUGAGUACUAGUCAGGUGAAAUCAAUUUAAAAUAGAUUACAUACAGAUUGUAAGCGCAGACUGAUCGAGGGAAGAAGUGCUUCCAAUCAUUGUGUUCUUGUUAGAAAUGUUUACCUCCAAGGAAACACACGCAGCCAUCAUGGCUUUGGCUCAAAAUGGCCUCACAUGCAAGGAAACUGCUACAAAUAAUAUUGCACCUGAAAGAAUCAUUUACUGGAUCAUAAAGAAGUUCAAGGAGAGAGGUUCGACUGCAGUGAUCCUGAGACCUUUCCAUGUGGAGGGUUACUCUUCAACCAAGGGAGUGUGCUCUGUCAUUAUUCUGCCCAAAAACACUGCUCUGAAUAAAGAAUGGUAUCAAAACGUCCUGCAAGAGCGACUUCUUCCAAUGAUCCAUGAGCAAUUGGGUGAUGAUCCGUGCAUUUUCCAGCAUGAUGGAGCACCAUGUCACAAAGCAGGACUGAUACAGAAGUGGCUCGAAGAUCAUUACAUUGAAAUUUUGGAUCAGAGAAUGGAUCGCCGUCAGUCAGGAUUUGGCCCAAAAGCUAAUAUCCAGCAUGCCAGCGUGAACUACAGAGGUUAUGAAGAACAAGAGUCAACACUGUAAAUAUUGACUCAUAUUUUUUUGCCAAUAAAAGCCUUGUGAUAUGCUUAUCAUCGUUUUUCAGUAUACCAUAGACACAUGGAAAAACAAUCUACAAAUACUGGAGCAGCAAACUUUGCAAAACACAAAAUUUAUGUCACUGCUAAAUCAUUUGGCCAAGACUGUAGAUGAUAUAUGCAAUCUCAGUCAGUGAGGGCUGAGCACGGGGAUUAUAUCUUCAUAGAUGAGCCAUGUUUGUGAAAGCUGCUGAAGUCGCCCACCACUGUAACACAUGCAUGCAGACUCUGUCAUGUAAUCUCAAUCAGCGCUUAAAUUGCCAUUCUGUAGAAUGUCUGCUUUAGUUUAUUGUGACGAUGUGCUGUGCGGAAUGACGGUGGUGUCGUGUGGUGAUUGUCUUUCGUUUUUUGUUCUGUGCUGUUUCUCAGUGGUGAUCUGUACGAUUACAUUAAUCAGAUGAAAUUGAUGCGACAUACGCACACUGUUGGAGGGAGCUUCAAAAGCUUUUUCCUUUGCUGGUUGCCACAUUUUAUAGCCUAGCUAUUAUUUAUUUAUUUUUUUUCAGCAUUGAAUUAAUUAUUUGGUGCCAGUUUUGUUAAUUUCUCCCUGGUUGUUUUCAUAAAUCUCUUUGCCAGGGCAUUCAUAUAUAAUAGGCUACUUUAUUUGAAACCCGAUUGUAAGCACACUAUACUUUAAUGUUGGCUUUGUUGCAGAUAAUUUGUGCCAUGCUUGAUGUAAAUGCUAUCGUUAUAUUUGAACUAAGAUGAGUAUUUUUUUCCAUUUAAUUGUAUUUUAUAAACUUAGGACCUCCGGAGCAGUUUGAUUAAUGUUUCAGACGAGAUGUCUUUGUUGCCAGUUGUAAAGCACUCUCACAUAAAUAGGCUUAUAUGCACUCUCCAUUGUGUGCCUCUUAAGAGGCUUCAAAAUGCUUCAAAUGACUCUGUCACGCAUGGAUAUGCACAAAACUAGGCUAUGAGAACUUCUCAUGCGGGAUCUUGAUUUAUUAAACACACAUGCACAGAUACAUGUGCAACUGCUCCACGAGUGGCCUCCUUCACUGUGAGUGGACCGGCAUAUAGGAAACCUGCAAGGUACAGAUUUAAUGAUUUUCAAAUUAAGAUGUUGGUGUGUGACUUGAAUGUAUUGUCUUGCAAUGGAUGUAUCCAGCCAAUGCAUUUUACUGUAAAGCAAUAAUCUAAAAAGAAUAUUAAAAACAAUGUAUAAAGCAUA